CUGAUGGAUCUAAUAUUGUUGAAGCGGCAAAAAAUUUGGCUGAAACUUAUUUGGCAAAUAUUGAACCAAGUAGAAAUAUAAAAGACGUUGAUGAACAAUUGGAAAUAGACUUCUCAUCUAAUGUAUUGCAACAAGAAAAUAAAAAUGAUAAAAAAAAUGAAAACCUAGUAUUAGGUGGAAAAGGUGGAGGCAAGAGAAUGAAGCAACAAGUCAAAGAUAUAUUAGAAUAUAUGUUCUUAAAUGGUAAUUCAAAUCCUCAGGAUAGU